GUCUUCCAGUUAUUUCAUAACUCUGUACUUAAGAGGUGCACCUGCUCUCAGUUUUUUGCCCCAAAAUCUUCACUCAUUUCUCCGAUUAGAUUUUCCGAUCGGCGAUUUGUGAUAACACAGAGAGAUGAAGGGAGAUUCUUCAUCAAAGGAUUUGGAGAAAAGCUAUUUCGAUGUGUUGGGUUUAUGUUGUUCAUCGGAGGUGCCACUGAUCGAGAAAAUUCUUCAACCUCUUGAAGGCGUUCACCAUGUCUCUGUAAUUGUUCCGUCCAGGACCGUAAUCGUCCUUCACGACGCCGCCCUAAUUUCUCAGUUUCAAAUCGUUAAGGCGCUAAACCAAGCACGGUUAGAAGCAAAUGUGAGAAUGAAAGGAGAUCAAAGCUACCGAAACAAGUGGCCAAGUCCGUAUGCAGGCUUGUGCGGUCUGCUACUUUUGCUAUCAUUUUUGAAAUAUGUCUAUCCACCAUUUAAAUGGUUGGCCCUUGGAGCUGUCGCAGUCGGCAUCAUACCCUUAAUUCUGAAAGCUAUUGCAUCACUACGCAGCCUUAGAUUCGACAUCAACGUUCUCAUGCUCAUUGCAGUUGGAGGAUCAAUUUUUCUAAAGGAUUACUGGGAAGCUGGCACAAUUGUGUUUUUACUGACUAUAUCAGAAUGGCUUGAGAGAAGGGCAAGUCACAAGGCCACUGCUGUAAUGUCAUCAUUGAUGAACAUAGCUCCUCAGAAGGCUGUAUUAGCUGACACUGGUGAAGAAGUCAAUGCUAAUGAAGUGAUUGUUAACACAAGACUCGCGGUUAAGGCUGGGACCAUGAUCCCUAUCGAUGGAAUAGUCGUGGAAGGGAAUUGUGAAGUCGAUGAGAAAGCUCUAACUGGCGAAUCAUUUCCUGUGUCUAAACAAGUAGAUUCCAUUGUUUGGGCAGGCACGGUCAAUCUAAAUGGUUAUAUUAGUGUUAAAACUACUGCUCUAGCUGAAGCUUGUGUAGUGGCAAGAAUGGCAAAGCUUGUUGAAGAGGCUCAAAAUAAUAAAUCUAAAACUCAGAGAUAUGUAGACAAAUGUGCCAAGUAUUACACCCCAGCUGUUUGUGUAAUAGCCGCCUGCUUGGCUGCAAUACCAGCUGCUAUGCGAGUUCACAACCUCGACAAAUGGUAUCACUUGGCAUUGGUUGUUUUGGUAAGCGCAUGUCCGUGUGCGCUUAUCUUGUCAACGCCUGUUGCAGCAUUCUGCGCAUUGUCAAAAGCAGCUACAUCCGGACUUCUAGUUAAAGGCGCUGAAUACCUUGAAACCCUUUCUACAGUCAAAGUUAUUUGCUUUGACAAAACCGGCACAAUCACUAAAGGAGAGUUCUCUGUCUCAAACUUCCAUCCACUCAUUAUUGACUCGGACAAAUUGCUCUACUGGGUUUCGAGCAUAGAGAGCAAGUCUAGUCAUCCAAUGGCUGCAGCACUUAUAGACUACGCACAGUCUCGUUCAGUUGAACCACAACCAGACAAUGUGGAGGAAUUCAAAGAUUUUCCCGGGGAAGGAAUUUACGGAAAGAUUGAUGGGAAGGAUAUUUAUAUUGGAAACCAAAAGAUUGCCAUUAGAGCAGGGUGUUCACAAGUUCCAAGAAAUGGGAGUGAUAACAAUGAAGGGAAGUCGAUUGGGUACAUAUUUUGGGGGUCUUCACCUGCUGGAAUCUUUAGUCUCUCUGAUUCUUGUCGAAUCGGAGUGAAGGAAGCACUCGAAGAACUCAAAUCAAUGGGAAUUAAAACAACCAUGCUCACAGGAGAUUGUCAAGCCGCAGCCAAUCAUGCACAAAAUCAGUUAGGGGGUGCACUAGAGGUGGUUCAUGCAGAACUUCUACCUCAAGAUAAAGCCAGAAUUAUCAAAGAAAUUCAAAGGGAAUUCCCAACAGCUAUGGUUGGAGAUGGACUCAAUGAUGCUCCUGCUUUAGCCACUGCAGAUAUUGGGAUCUCAAUGGGGGUUUCCGGAUCAGCGUUGGCUAACGAAACUGGACACGUGAUCCUUAUGUCGAACGACAUCCGGAAAAUCCCAAUAGCGGUGAAGCUUGCCAGAAAAACCCGCAGAAAAAUAUUCGAGAAUAUCUUUAUCGCUAUCGUUACCAAAGCCGCUAUAAUUGCCUUGGCCAUUGCCGGCCACCCGCUGGUUUGGGCAGCAGUUCUUGCGGACGUGGGAACCUGCUUGCUAGUGAUCUUCAACAGCAUGCUUCUGCUACAUGGUACAACCUUAAAAACCGUGCAAAAACACUCGGGUGUUUCACACGAUCAUGCAAAAUGCUCGUUGGGUUCUAAGGUUCAAGACAAGUGUUCGGAUUUGGGCAAAAAACAUGGUGGUUGUUGUGGUCAUGACAAUGAUGUACAAGAGAUGAAGCACUUGGUACAACCACCACAAGCCAACGACAGUUGCUGCAACUCGGUCCAAGAAACUGAAGAUAACGAUGGUUGUUGUGGUCACAAUGAUCACUGUGUACAAGAAACGAUCGGUGACGACUGUUGUGCUCAUGAUGUUGACGAGGUACACAAGGUGAUGCACUCAGAACACGAAGAAGAAAAACACGGGUGUUGCGCUCAUGAUAACGACCACGAUGAGAUACACGAGGUAAAAAACAUAAAUAUCAGUAAAGAUUUGGAAUCCUUGAGUUGCGAGAAUUUGGUUAAAAAGCAAGGGGAAUGCAGUCAUAACGAAUUGAAUCAUGAGAAUCCGUCAAGUUUGAAGCCGAGUAACGAACAUCAUGAUCAUGAGCAUCAAAGCCAUCAUCAUGAUCAUGAGCAUCAAAGCCAUCAUCAUGAUCAUGAGCAUCAAAGNCAUCAUGAUCAUGAGCAUCAAAGCCAUCAUCAUGAUCAUGAGCAUCAAAGCCAUCAUCAUGAUCAUGAGCAUCAAAGUCAUCAACAUCAUGACCAUCAUCAUCAUGAUCAUCAACAUCAACAUCAGCAUCAACGUCAUGAUCAUCACCAUGUAAAAGAGUACAUCACAGGGGAGGAGUUGGGGAAAAUGGUGAGAAAUUGUUGCAGGAGUCAUGGAUUGAAAAAGAGGAAUGUAGGCGGGUGUUGCAGGAGUUUUAGCUUCAGAUGCUGCGGGAACCAACGAUUCGGAGUUGGAUUUAACGGAAAGGGAGGAUACUUAUCGGAAAUCGUGAUCGAGUAAGCGUCUAAUUAAGUCAGAAAAAAAGGUUAGAAGUUAUUGGCGAUCUAGCCAAGAGUUAUCACUGUAUAGUACUUUGCAUAUUAUCAUCAAUAUUAGUUGUUGAUGCGUGAUAUAUAUAUAUAAUUAACUACCACACUAUAAACAAAGGGAGCGUUUGGU